AUGGUAUUUCCUCGGCUCGCCCCGUAUUCUUAUAGUGACGAAUUCUGGGUUCACUCAAAGUACAAAGCGCCAGCCUUCGAAAGCUUUUUCCAUGUUCAGUCACCAUCGAAAAGAGAGGAUGAUUUUGACAGUCCCGUCCUGGUCGCUUCUCAUGUGGCCGCCUUGAUCCUUGAUUUCGGCCGCGACACACACAACGACACCCUUCUCUCGUGGCACGCGGCCGUGCGCGACAGAUCAAAGGAGAGGGCUACCUCUCCAUUGCAUAUGUACGUCCAGGCCGUCCUGCCCGCUGCCCCCCCCCCACCCCCCCCCCCCCCCCACCCCGAGAGUCCCCUCAAGAGGACUUUACCCACGGGCCCUGCUGCACGUCGAAGGAGGACGGCACAGCAACCCGUCUACCAGGCCACGAUUGAAUAUGACAACGGGGUCUCACGCAUGCAUGGAGUAAUGUUUGUCGUUGACGUCCCGUCUAUCCAAAUCGGGAAUUACAAGCUACAGGACGAGGGACAACGGGCUGUUAGUAACGAUGACAGACCCCGCCAAAAACGGAAGAAGCGUCUGAUCUCAGCGGCACAGCAGGCAUCAAAAUAG